AGUGGCCUUAUGCCCGUAAUUUAAUCAAACUGUCAGUAACUAUUUAAGUGAGAAGCUCCAUCCAUUGCUUUUAGAAUAAAUUGCUCUCACCUACUCAUAAAGAUACUCUUUUAUGGGUGCUUAUCAUACCCUAGCUCAAUAAAUGUCUCUUUGAUAUUGAUAAUUCUUCUCCUGAGAAGACCAUAGUAUUCCUUGGUGUUUCUUAGAAACUUUUUUCUACUUUCAGCAACCUUACCUGUGAGAAAUUCUUCUACUGAAUAGCUUUUGCUGUAUCACUUCAGGUCAUUUUUCAUUCAUAUUUUUGCUUCAAACUCCAUCAUUUAAGAUCAGGUUUUGCUACAUGUAACAGAAAAACCAAAGAUAACAGUGGUUUAAACUAAAUAGUUUUUGCCUUUUACAUAAAAGAAACCUGGAAAUAGGUGAUGUCUAGGUGCCUGACUUUCUGCUCUGCUCUCCUCAAGUGCAUGGUUUUCAUCCUCAAGUUUUACUUCAUUCUCAGUGUCCAAGAUGACUUUUGCAGGCAGUGGGGAAAGGCAACAAAAGCAACUUCCUCCAGCUGAUGCAGCUUUCCCAGAGAACCACACAGCAUUUGAAUUUGCAUCUCAUUGGCCAGGAUGGUGGCAUAUGGCCAUCCAGCUGCUAGGGAAGCUGAGAAAUCCAUGUAGCAAUGGCACCAGCUAAAAGUUAGGAUUCUUUAACUAAGGAAGAAUUUCUUUUAAGAAGGGAAGAAGGAAUGUUUGGUAGGCAACUUAUAGUUUUAACUUAAACAGCCUUUUGGCUACCUAAAUAUCUAUGUACAUUCUUCUGAAACAUAGAAAAUGCUCAUUUCCCCCACCCCAAAAAGGAAACCACCAAAACCCAAUCCAUUAUUGCGUGUAGCUCAAAGCCCAUGAUAUAUGAGUAUAGUCCCGUCCAACCGGUCAAGAUGUGGUUUCUUAUGUUCUGGCCAUCUAAAAACUAAAGAGCAGCAUGUCCGCCCCACGAGCAACGUAUGCAUAAUUUGGUACGGGAUAACUGCAAUAAAAUCAACCUUUUACAAGAGGGAAAAACAGAAAACGUACCAGGCAUCUGUCUCUAACAAUUUAAAAUAUACUGCUCGGCAGAAAUAGCAAGGUCUCUCUGCUCCGUCCAGAAAUACAUUCUUUCAUUUUUCCAUCAGGCCACCCCUGAUGCAUCUUUCUGGGAGGAACUCCUUUUUCUGAUGUCCUCAGGGGCCUUUGGCAUUGCCCUCUAGGAAGUUUUUAUUGUCCAUUAAUCUUCAAGGACACAAGUGGGCAUUGGAAAGUGUCCCCUUCUUAGUGGCUGAACAGCCUUUGCACUUCACUUCCUGUUGGUGUGGCUCUGGGGCCUUGGGAAAUGUAACAGAUAGUCACAGGCUGUUUGAGGCCAGGUUUAGGGUUUUUGUUUUUGUUUUGUUCUGCUUUUUGGCAAGACAGUUCCCUGUCUUAGUAUGUUUCUGGUCUGUUUUCUUCGAUUGUUACCAUGAGAAACCACAAAGAUCUUGUAAGACAUAGUUCUUGACAAUGAACCUCAUCUUUUACUUGCUGGCCUCUGUGUUCUUUUUCUCCACUUAGGUCUUAAGUGAAUGGUGCCUACCUGGGAUCGUUUUAAACUAUAGGCUUGGAUGGGGAUGACAAUCAUCUUAAUCUGAUUUUUUUUCUUUAGGAUGGCUCUCGUUACUUGGCAGAAAAUUCUUAAAGGAAGUUUCUUGGAAAGGUUGUGAAAGCUUUGGCACUUUCCUCAGAACCUUUACUUAUAACUGUUUCAGUUUAGAGUGAAGUAGUUGACUUCUUCAAUUCUUCAGAGCUCCAGAUUUGGGACUGUGUGAAUUUAUUUGGUAGAUAGAGAGCAGUUCCCUUAGCAAAGCUGUAUUCCUUUCCAUCUCUGCAGACCUGUUCACCCUAGCCAGAGUCACAUCUCUCUUGCAGGACUUUGCUGAAAGAGGCAAGAUACAGCCCACACAUGCUAGCAUUCUGAAGUUCUACCACCUCUUUCUCUGAAACCUUAACCUCAGUUGGCAUGCGGUAUCACUGCCCAAAGCCCUACCUCCUCCACCAAGCCAAUUCCAUUUUUAAGAUCAUUUUAGUUGCUACACAUUACUCCUAGCUACCAAAUUUAGUUGCUACAGGUUAAGAUUCUUGGUUGUAGGUAAUGGAACCUUCUUUAGCUAUUAAACAGAAUGGGAUUGUUAGGGGGAAUAGACGGCUCAUGGCAUCUUUGGGAGGGCUAGAAAAACAGAACUUAGGCUGAACUUCUAGGAACUGCAUCACAAGAGUGGGCUGCCAAAGAAGCUGCUGCUUUUGGAACAAUCAAGAAUCUGCCUGCCAGAUCAGGAAGCUACACCCUGGAUUAGGAAACCACUGAACAGUUGCCAGCUCCAGAACCACACCACUUCGGCCGUUCUUUGGGUCAGCAAAAAUGGAUACUUCAUGUCCUGCUUCUCUCCCCAUGUUACUUGGUUCUGAGUACAAGUUUCAACCGUGCAGUAAAUCAAGAAGAAAUUGAAAAAGAGGCAGAGUUCGAUGACAAGCGUCAUCAUCUUCAUGCAUGCCCACUGUCCCGCAGUCUGCAAAUGGCGUAACUGGCAUUUGAGUCCAGGUCUUCCUGUUGGUUUUCUGUAGAUUACACUCUUUUUAAUGAUGUGAGGAAAAAAUUCAAAUAGGAUCAAUCAGACUACUAGAAUGCAAGAUGAUGGAGAAAGAGCUCACCCAGUCAGCAGCUUGUUUCUGGAGAAGGUGAAAGAUAAUGAAGAUAGACAUAUUUUGUGUAAGUCAACUGGGUUUUAUCCAGAGAACAUUAACAUAAUGUGGAAAAGGUGGACCCAAAAGGAUCUUCAGUACCAAGAAGUUUCUGAGGGCAUCAUUACUGGUCCCACCGUCAAGAAUGAGGAUGGUACAUUUAAUGUUACCAGCUACUUGAGCCUGAGGCCCGCUCUGGAAGACAGUGUGACCAGCUACCAGUGCGUGGUAUGGCAUGUAUCCUUGCUCACAGGCCAGAGUUUCAACCUCACCCUGCCUCUGACAGAAUCUGAGAAGAAAACUGACUUGAAGAUUGUUGGGUUAUGCAUUGGAUUGUUAUUUAUUGUGCUAAUCAUAUUAAUGUUAGUUUUUCUUUGUAAAAGGUACCGGACGGACACUCUUUUUGAUACUUUUUGAAGAAGAGACAAAAGCCUUCACCACCAGCCUGGAUUCUGUGGCGGUUUGCAGUGAUGGCUUCAAUCCUUCACCCUUCCCUAUGUCCAUGUCCUUUGUCAUGUAAUUUUUUGGUGUCCUCCAAUCAUGGGCUGCCCCUUAAACUUGGGGCAGUGUGACUUGCUCUGGCCAAUACAAUGAGACAGAAGUGAGUGUGCCAUUUCCAAGCCUACACCUUAAGAGGCCUUGUGUAUUUCCAUUUGCUUUCUUUUGUGCUUCUGAUAUUUGUGAGAGGAGGACACUUGCCCAAGCUAGCCUGCUGGAGGAUGAGAGACACCAGAAGCUGGAGCUAGAUGCUCUAGCAGAGGCCAGUCUAGAUCAGAUGACAGCCACCAGACAUAGAAGUAAAUCUAGCUAAGAUCAUCGUCAGCGCCAACAGAACCAACUCUUAAAUGCAUGAGAAAUUAGUUAUUCUUUCAAAGCCACUGCUUUAUAGGGUGGCUUGUUACACAGUAAAAGCUGACUGAUACAGCUCCUCAGGAAGUUGCAUUUUGACCCAAAAGCCACAGAGAUGUGCUGCUGAGACCUUCUUCAAGAGACAGCCUGCUGUGAAGAGUGUACUCAGCCACCGUGUUCCAGCUGUGGCAUCUCAGGGAUCUGCUGUAGUUUUCGAGCUUAUGCCAUGCUCUCCCUGGCUAGCCAAUGGCUGAGCAUGGCAGGAAUCUUCGGAGUUCCCUGUUGUUCCCUUUGGUGGCUGAGACUUUCUUGGAGAAACCCUGUCAUCUGAGACUCUUGCUACCCAGUCACCCCUUCUUCCUCCCUUCACAGAUACCAGACCUGCGUCAAAGCUUCAGUCAGAACUGUACACAUUUACUUCUCUCUGGUUUACCCUGGAGUAUCUUCCCUUCCCCAGUUAUGAUGGCAUUAUGAGAAAAACUGAUCAAAUGCAGUAAAGAGUACACAGAGGCAGGGCUACAUAAUAAACUGUAGUUGCA